AUGGCGCAUAGGUUGCUGAGAGAUGCGGAAGCCGAUGGAUGGGAGCGUUCGGAUUUCCCAAUCAUAUGCGAGUCUUGCCUUGGCGACAAUCCUUAUGUUCGGAUGACAAAAGCUGAUUAUGACAAGGAGUGCAAGAUAUGCACACGACCAUUCACUGUUUUCAGGUGGAGGCCAGGGCGUGAUGCAAGAUAUAAGAAGACUGAAAUUUGCCAAACUUGCAGUAAGUUGAAAAAUGUUUGUCAAGUUUGCCUUCUGGAUCUUGAGUAUGGUUUGCCAGUUCAGGUCCGAGACACUGCUCUCAGUAUCAAUUCCAAUGAUGCCAUUCCUAAGAGUGAUGUGAACAGGGAAUACUUUGCAGAGGAGCAUGAUCGCAAGGCUAGAGCUGGGAUUGAUUAUGAAUCUUCCUAUGGGAAGGCACGCCCUAACGACACUAUUUUGAAACUUCAAAGAACAACUCCAUAUUAUAAGCGAAACAGAGCGCAUGUAUGCAGCUUCUACAUUCGUGGUCAGUGUACAAGAGGUCCUGAAUGCCCUUACCGGCAUGAGAUGCCUGUUACGGGAGAGUUGUCACAACAAAAUAUUAAAGAUCGUUACUACGGAGUUAAUGAUCCCGUGGCAUUUAAGUUGCUCGGUAAGGCAGGCGAGAUGCCUUCACUGGAGCCCCCUGAUGAUGAGAGCAUUAGAACCCUGUAUGUUGGUGGGCUUGAUGCAAGAAUUUCUGAGCAGGAUCUGAGGGAUCAGUUCUAUGCGCAUGGAGAAAUUGAGUCCAUUAAGAUGGUGCUCCAACGUGCAUGUGCUUUUGUGUCUUACACGACACGAGAAGGGGCGGAGAGAGCAGCCGAAGAACUUGCAAAUAAGCUAGUCGUCAAAGGUCUUAGGUUGAAGCUUCUUUGGGGUAGACCACAAGCACCAAAACCAGAAUCUGAAGCCUCAGAUGAAGCAAGGCAGCAGGCUGCCGUGGCUCAUAGUGGAUUGUUGCCAAGGGCAGUUAUAUCACAGCAGCAGAACCAGCCUCUUCAACCACCUAGCACCCAGGACCAACCACCACCUAUGCCUUAUUUCAACAUUCCUCCAUUGCCCCAGCAGGAUAGAGCAUAUUAUCCCUCGAUGGAUCCCCAAAGAAUGGGUGCCCUUAUUUCAUCACAAGAGGGGCCUUCUAGUGGACCCUCAGGGUCGGGUGAGAUUAGAAGUGUUUCAGGGCAGCAGCAGCAGCAGCAAGGACAGCAUUAUGCUUAUCCAGCUAUGCCGCCACCACCUCCAGGUCAAUUCUACCCGCCAUAUUAUCCACCAUAUGGUUAUAUGCUGCCCCCACCACCACCUGCACCUCAUCAGCAAUACCGUCCCCCUUACCAGUCUACAAUGCCCCUGCCCCCACCUCCUCCUGCUGGUGACCAGGCAUCAUAUCAACAGAAAGCACCGGAAGGAACGUCACAACAAUCAUAG